UUCCACCCCCAUGGUUAUUAAUUUCAGAACACAUCUGAAUUCCUUCUCUGGGGAACAGACAGCUCCUGGCCGGGUCAGAUUUCAGGUUCUCAUCUGUUUCUACCAAUGCCACUACCAGAAUCUUCUUUGUAGUCAACCUCUGAAGUCUUCCCUGAGCACAACUUGGUGUCUGAAGAUCCAGUCAAGUGUCUGUGGUCAUCAGUCUCUUCACAAAAUCACAGUCUCCUCUCUUGGCAAAACAUCUACUGCCCUGAGCUUUGCUUUUGGAAACAACUUCUCCCCAGGAUCUUACUUCCCAGCAUGGAGGAAAAGAGCUUCGCAGUUUGGGAUUAUGUUGUAUUUGCAGCCCUCUUUGUCAUUUCCUCUGGAAUUGGGGUGUUCUUUGCUAUUAAGGAGAGGAAAAAGGCAACUUCAAGGGAGUUCCUUGUUGGGGGAAGGCAAAUGAGCUUUGGUCCUGUAGCGUUGUCCCUGACAGCCAGCUUCAUGUCAGCUGUCACUGUCCUGGGGGCUCCCUCUGAGGUGUACCGCUUUGGGGCAUCUUUUGUACUCUUCUUCAUUGCAUAUGCAUUUGUCAUCAUCCUCACGUCAGAGCUCUAUCUCCCCGUGUUCUACAGAUCUGGCAUCACCAGCACUUACGAGUACUUACAACUACGAUUCAAUAAACCAGUACGCUUCGCGGCCACUGUCAUCUACAUUGUGCAGACGAUUCUCUACACAGGAGUGGUGGUGUACGCACCUGCACUGGCGCUCAAUCAAGUGACUGGGUUUGAUCUCUGGGGCUCUGUGUUUGCAACAGGAAUUGUUUGCACAUUCUACUGUACCCUGGGAGGAUUAAAAGCAGUGGUGUGGACAGAUGCAUUUCAGAUGGUUGUCAUGAUUGUGGGCUUCUUAACAGUUCUCAUUCAAGGAUCAGCUCAUGCUGGUGGAUUGCACAAUGUCAUAGAGCACUCCACAAAUGGAUCUCGACUAAAUAUAUUUGACUUUGAUGUAGAUCCUCUCAGGCGGCACACUUUUUGGACAAUCUCAGUGGGAGGAACUUUCACCUGGCUCGGGAUCUAUGGAGUUAAUCAGUCCACCAUACAGCGAUGCAUCUCUUGCAAAACAGAAAAACAUGCAAAACUAGCCUUGUAUUUUAACUUGUUGGGUCUCUGGAUCAUUCUGGUGUGUGCUGUCUUCUCUGGCUUAAUCAUGUACUCCCACUUCAGAGAUUGUGACCCUUGGACUUCUGGCAUUAUCUCAGCACCAGACCAGCUGAUGCCAUACUUUGUCAUGGAGAUAUUUUCCACGAUGCCAGGACUGCCUGGACUCUUCGUGGCUUGUGCCUUCAGUGGAACUCUGAGCACCGUGGCUGCCAGCAUCAAUGCCUUAGCAACAGUGACCUUUGAGGAUUUUGUCAAGAGCUGUUUCCCCCAUCUCUCCGACAAGCUGAGCACCUGGAUCAGUAAAGGCUUAUGUCUCUUGUUUGGCGUGAUGUGCACCUCCAUGGCUGUCGCUGCGUCGCUCAUGGGGGGCGUUGUGCAGGCUGCUCUCAGCAUCCAUGGCAUGUGCGGGGGACCAAUGCUGGGCUUGUUCUCUCUGGGAAUUGUGUUCCCUUUUGUGAACUGGAAGGGUGCAUUAGGUGGCCUUCUGACUGGAAUCACCUUGUCAUUUUGGGUGGCCAUUGGGGCCUUCGUCUACCCUGCACCAGACUCCAAGACAUGGCCCCUGCCUUUAUCCACAGAGCAUUGUAUCCCGUCAAAUGUGACAACGUCAGUGCCUACAGUGUUACCUAGCAGACCUGCCAUCGCCGACACCUGGUAUUCGCUCUCCUACCUUUACUACAGUGCCGUGGGCUGCCUCGGAUGCAUUGCUGCUGGAAUAAUCAUUAGCUUCGUAACAGGUCAAGAGAGUGGCAAGGAUAUUCAACCACUGCUAAUUAGACCAGUUUGCAAUUUAGUUUGCUUUUGGUCUGAGAAAUACAAACGACUAUGCUGGUGUGGCGUCCAGCAUGACGGUGGAACGGAGCAGGAAAACCUUGAGAAUGGCAGUUCCUGGAAACAAGGGGCUGAAUCUGUCUUACAGAAUGGACUCAAGCAGGAAAACCUGGUCCAUAUUCCAGGCCAUGAUCUGAUGGACAACAGCUACAACAAUUUGGCGUUUGAGAAGACUACCCAUUUCUAACACAUGCAUAAAAAAGCAUUAUUAGAAUCAGUAAGAGCCUCCAUUUGUAGGUUUCAUCUUUCAUGUGCAAAUGCCCUGAUGAUGACAAUGAGUUUAUCAGAAGACAAACAGCCAAAACUUUUGAAGAGUGGAACAAGGGCUUGCAAGACUUGGAAACCAUUGCCUUUGGAGCUAAAGAGUGAACAAUCCCCUCUCCCCAUACUCCAACUUCUAUUUUGAAAAACAGGCAGGAUCAACUUGAACAUGAAAACUGUAGGAAGAAACAUCAUAUCACAUGAUUUAUUGAGUGAAAAAGUUCCUUUUCAUUCCAUUCUACAAUAGAUUGGGCUAAAAGUCAUUUUGAAAGAAAGUGCAUCAUUCAGGAGUUGCAUCUCAUCAUGCAGUCACUCAGCAGCAUUUUAUUGAAAAGGGCGUGCAUAGACUCAGACAAUUGCAAACUAUUUCGGCUACUACCUAGAGCAAUUUUUGACACACUGUACUGGAAAAGUGCUUCAGCUCUGAACAACUUAUCAAGGCAGACUGCAUGCACCUAUAUGUUAGUUAUUUGCUUGAAAAGACAACAAUUUAGAAUAUGAAAAUAUAUAAGCAGCAUUCAUGUAAUACAGAAUUCCUGAGAAUAGUGUGUGCUAUAUAAAUCUUUGAGAAAUAAUUUGUAUUCGUAUGAAAACCAUGAUAUAAAACAUUUCUCUCAAUGAAAGCAGAGUGAUUUAAAACUCACAUACUGUGAGGGGGCUGACAAUAUUUUGCUGUCAACAAUGAUGAAGGCAGAGCUAGGUUCUACUGCACUGUUUCACAAAAAGACAUUUACAGAUAACUUUUUCAUUGUUCCUCUAUUUUUUGAUUGGUCUGAGAAAUUACCAGAGAAGGUAACAUCUACAUCAAUUUAAUAUAAUUUUUUUAAUUAAAAAUACCAUUCUCUUUUCAUGUUUUUCUCUCUGGGCAAUCAAUACAAUUUUAAACCCUAAUUGUGGUAGUAUAAAAAUAACUCAGAAAGAACAGAAUUCUCAAGAACAUGGCUAUCAUUAUUCUUUGCUCUUCUGUAAAACAAUUGUCUUUGUCUUCUAUCCCUAAUUUGGGAGAGACCUAAAUGUUAGGUUCAUUGGUGUCUUCAAUAGGCAUACAGAGUAUUUAUGCUCAGGCAUGGUAUAUACAUUUAACUAACAAAGAAAAGGAAAUGCUGCAGAUGCUACAAAAACGGAGGAGCUUAAACUCCUUUGUGUAGUUAGUGGAAUUAGUUGCUAUGAAUAUGCAGGGAGCAGAAACAGAAUCUCUGAGGAAUGUGAAUGGAAGGGUACCACGUGACAAGGGCAUGGGAGGAAGUUUAGAGGUCCUACCUCUGGUUCAGUCAGAUUCAGAAUCAGAGGGCAGAUUUUUUUUUACAAAAGCAAACCAAGGAACAACGAUGAUCUAUCACAGCUUUUCCCUGGAGCAAAAGAAGAAAAAGCCGAAAGGCCAUUUUCAGUGUUAGGAUGAUAAAAAGUAGUUUUCUAGUAAAAGAAACUUUAUAAUUUUCUUACUAGAGACACCCUAGCAUAUAUACAAAGUAGCUUUAUUUCCAUUGUCUUUAGUCUGGUCUUUAUGCAUUGUGGAAAUAACUGUGCUUUGUUUAACUGAGCAAAAAACAAACUGGACAAAAAUUAUGAAUCAUAUAUAUAUAUAGUAUAUAUCUGAAUGCGUGAGUCUAUGUGAUUUGCCAACCCCCAUUCCCAGGGGAGGAAAUGUGAGAUUCAUUUUGAUCGCUUUGCCAAGGAAAGGUGUCUUUACUUCUCCCAUUCAUUCCCUUGUUUCAACUCUCCUCUUUCCUCCUCUCCCGCUCCCAUUGCUUAUACCUCCACCAGACUUUCUUUCCUUGAAUCCCUCAUCAUUCCUACUUCAUCCAUCUGUGAGCAAUACCACAGAUAGAGUUGACACAGAAGCAGCAACUCCACAACAAAGCAAAAUGAUGUCUUUCAGAAUUGACUUGAUGUUGGUUUUAGAGAGUUUUCAAAAAUCGACCAAGUUGGUCUAUCAAAGAAAAUAACAGAAAACUCCCCUCAUCGAUGAAAAGAAAAUAAAACAAAAAAAAUGUGUGGGUUUUUUUUUUUUUUUUUACAAAUAAUACAAAUUUAUAUCCAUGCAUUUUUUUCAUUAGCUCAUGAACAAAAGUGCACAUUGUUAGAAAAGCUUAAAGUGUUGCAAAGCAUUUGGCUUCUGAUUUCCUGAAUAAACAAGUCACAAGGGCAUACUAUGUAUCUGGUCUCAGAGCUGCACGAAAUGUAACUUGCAUUACACAUUGCCAAGGUGCAAAGGUACAAGGAAAACCAACAUAUGUACAGCAUUUCAAGUUAUUCUGUUAUUCUGCGAGAGUUAUUAUAAUAAACCAGGGAGGAAAAAAUUAAAAAUACUAUAAAACAGCCCUCCAUGGUAAAAUAUGGAUGAGUGGUAUUCUAUAUGAUAUGAGAAUAAAUGCCCAUAUUUUU